AUGGCAGGAAUUACAGAAGAAGACAUUUGGAAUGCUGAGGAGUUUGAUGAAAUUUUUGAUUAUGCUGACAAAUUAGGAGUACCACUCGAUGGUCUCGAUGAACUUGAAGACAUGAAGGAACGACUGUCGAUGCAACUAAGGAAAAAUGAAUAUGGAAAUCCAAAGAGCUUGAUCGCAAAGUCGCUGGACGUGUCACAAAAGGAGGAUCUGCACAAGAGAUUAAAACUUGGCAUACUGCUUGAAGAGUUCGAAAAGACCAUUUCAACAUGCCAGAAUGGAAAAGGCAUCGAGGCAAUAGAAGACCUGUUAAGGACAGAGGGAACUGUUAAAGAUUUGAAACAGGAGUUGGACCACCACAUCGAACGGAUGAAGAAAGGAGAGUGUGUGUUUGUAGUGGCGGGUGAAACUUCUGCUGGAAAGUCAAGUUUGCUGAAUCUACUCCUAGGACAGUCGAUCCUACCCUCAUUCACUGGAAGUUCAACAUCUGUAAUAACACGCAUAUCCUAUGGGAAAAAGAUGUAUGCGGAGAUCGUUUAUCAGGGUACCACGCCCACGGAAACAUUCAAUGACAUCAACUUUACUUGGGUACAUGACUACCUUUGGGACCGUCUACGAAUCAAAGACGAAAAGAAACGACAGUCACAAUCUCCUAUCAAAGAAAUAAGAUUCCAAAUACCAUGCGAAAUCCUCAGGUGUGGUCUCGUGAUUGUGGACUCUCCGGGAAUAGGUGAAAACGAGGCUAUGGACAACGUUAUAGCUGACUUCAUUCGAGAGAACGAAAUUAUGGGAUACAUCUAUGUCAUCAAAUCAGACAAUGCGGGAGGAGUGGACGAGGAUAGGCUCCUAGCCAUGUUGAAGAUGGUCAUCGACAAACAAACGAUGAAUCAACAGAUGCAACUGGAGCAUUUUGACUCUAAGAGUGCUAUGUUUGUGUGUAACCGAUGGGAUCUUGUGAAGUCAACUGAACAGGACAUGGUGUUUAAAAACACUGUAAAACUACUGGGAGAGUGCUGGCCGUCACUAUCUUCCUCUCAGGUGAUCCCAUUCAAAACAGAAUAUGCCAUUAAGGAGGCCGAAUGUGAUCCAGACUUCAUCCCGGAAUUAUACAGAGUGUUCCUUGAGCGCCUCCGCGACAUGCAUAUCCAUGCCAUGGACAACCGAAUAGAACAGACUUACAAAUGGAUGAGCAAAGUCUUUACGAGAUCCAUAUACCAGCUUCAAACUUUGAUCACUCGAGCCAACAUGUCGGAAAGUGAAGGGAAAGGAAACGUGGACGAGAUCAAAAAGAAACUUCACACGCUGGAGAUUAAGUCAGAUGCCGUAAUUAACGAAUUGAGAGAGAAUAUUGAGAAGUCUUCACAGGAACUAUGCGAAGAAUUCCGACCGGAGUUGAUGAAACCUUUCUCAAAAAUGACCCUAACCAAAUGGCUUCCAGAGGAACUACCUCUACUGGAAAAUGGUGGUUGGCCUGAUGUGAAGAUGAUUCUGCGCUGGAGAAUAGCAGAAAGGGUCAUAAGACUCAUUGAAGAUUGGGAAUCAGAGAAUGGAAAAAUCGCAGUCAUUGAAGGAAGAACAGCAUAUGCCAUCAAAGACCAACUUAACUUGCUGCAAGCGGAUCUGCAAAAAAUAGAAGAUGGUAUGAACGCAAAAGAUUUCAAUAAAAGAGAACAAUUGCGGAGAUCAAUUUCUAACCCUUUGAUCAUUCGCAGGACUUCCAAGGUGAUCUCCUUUGAUAAACAAGAUCCAGCUACACCAAUGAAGCUUAUAACAAGAGUGCUUCAUCCAGUACAAAAUGUUAUCAAAUCAACGAAACUGGUAGACAGUUUCAUUCUUGCGAGAAAAGAAAAGGUGUACAGAGAAAACCCUGCAAAAGUAGCUAAAGAGCAAACCGAGAAAUUUCUGCAAGAGUUGAUGGAACCGCAUCAUCCUGAUGAAGAUAUUCUUCAACAGAUUAUGUCCAAUCUGCUUGAAAGGUCCAUGUCUAAACUAAGUGAGAUAGAAAGAAACAUUCCAUUGCUCAUCAAAUCUAACGAGAAACUGCUAGAUAAGGCUCUCUCCUGUCGAAAGAAUACAGUUGAAAGCAAGGGUUUAUACGCAACUCUUAAGCAGAGUCUUGAGGGAACAGAACGCCGUCUGAAUCAUUACUACAAGGGCUACAUUUCUGUCAAGAAUAUGCGAGAUGUUGAAAUUUGUGCCCCCAAUGAAAUGUAUAACAGACUUUCCAGUCCCACGUCAUUCAGAGCAUCUAAAAUCCUCCAUAUGUCAUUUCUUCGAAAGUCUACCGACAAGACAAUGCCCAGUAGUGGCGGGUUGUGGACAGUGAUCCAACGUGGAAAAUAUAACGAUAUUCAGGUCACAAUGAAGAUGUACUUGCCAUCCUCUCACAUUGACACCACCUACAAUGAAGUAGCGAAACUAAGGUUCCUCCUCAAAGACACUAUGGCACUUUUAGAGGGUAUACACUACUCGGACGCACCCCCUCCAGUCUUCAUCUUCCAGGAUCAUCUGUACACUGUGUCGGAAUACCUACCGAAAUGGCCGGGUCACUCCAAAUACAACAAGUUGACAGUCAUCAAACAGACGAUGGAUGGCUUGGCCUACCUCCACAAGCACAGACUGGUACACAUGGAACUUUGCCUCGAUACUGUCACUGUCAGUCGAGCUGGGGAAGUGAAGCUGACGGGAGGGUGCUUACCUAGAAAUUUCGAGCAACCUUCAGAAACGGAAGUAGUUGGCAAUUUUGCCUAUUUGUCACCAAACGUCUUAAGAGGAAGCAUAUACUCAAAAGAAGCCGAUCUCUACGGUCUUGGUCUUCUGAUGUUUGAAUUACUACUCGGCGUGAGGGCAUUUGGGUCUCAUCGCAAUAUGUUGCUGAUGAAAUUCAUCAAAAAUGAUGAUCUACUAUCACUGGUUGAUCCUGAAGAAGACAUGAAAAGGUUGUCAUCUGAUACCACGGACUUUAUCUGGAAUUGCCUCCGUCCUACACAGGGCAGAGAGAGGUUCCCAAGUGAUCAUGAUAUUGAACGAGCACUCAGUGAUAUUCGACAGGAAAAUGUGGACAUAGUGCAUAAAGCACCAGAAGGAUUUAGCAUGGUCGUCGAGAGAGAUGAACGCUGA